AUGGGGGACGAUCCUGCAAGGCUGUACCGGUUGGACGGGGUUGCUCAUAUAGCCGGGGUCAUCAACGACGAGCCACAGCGAUGCAUCAGGAGCAUGCGGCGGCAACAAGGCAUGCCACUCGAUGAGCGUUAUGUUCCCUACUUGCAGAUGGCCAGGUUAUACCAUCUGGCUAGGCUGAACGAUAGAUGGUUCCGGUUAGACGAGCCUCUUGUCAGCGCCUUCGUCAAGCGGUGGCGUCCUGAGACGCACAUCUUCCAUAUACCCUUCGGAGAGUGCACGCUCACGCUUCAGGACGUGGCGUACCAGUUGGGGUUGGCAGUGGACGGGCGUUAUGUCAGCGGUUGCCUUACAGAGUUCCAUUUGUAUAUCGAGGGUGGACGUCCAGCUUGGGUGUGGUUCGAGGAGUUGCUUGGAGUGGUUCCUCCUCCGAGCCAGGUUCAGAAGUUCGCAGUAAACUGCACCUGGUUCCAGGAGACUGUGCGGCGCUUUGCUCGUGCCUAUAUCAUGAUGUUGUUGGGCACUCAGCUAUUUGCCGACAAGUCCGGCAACCGCAUUCAUAUCAGAUGGCUUCCCUACGCAGCUAGGCUUGAGGAGAUGGGUUCCUACAGUUGGGGGUCUGCAGCAUUGGCAUGGUUGUACUGGUGCAUGUGUCGAGUGGCAAACAGACAUGUGGUGAAGUUAGCGGGCCCACUUCAGCUACUUCAGUCCUGGAUCUUCUGGCGCUUUCCCAGGUUUAGGCCUGCUGGGUAUGAUACGUGCAGCUGGCCUUUGGCAUCGAGAUGGUCAGGUUACAGCCCUUCCUACAGCGAGAAGAGUCCUAGAGUGCAGAGCACGAGACUGAGGAUAGACAUGUUACAGCCCAGGGAUGUGAGUGUUGUUCCGGUUACUUUUAUUUGA